AUGUCAGGAAAUUAUUGGUCUUCUAGUCAGUUACUGCAAUUUUACCUACCGGGUAAGCUUAAGGUUUCCGACAAGAAAGCUUUUAGUGAAGAAUCAAUCGCGCAUUGGAAUUUUAUUCAGGAAAUUGGGGAUAAAAUCGGGCUCAACCAAAGGGUUCUGGCUACUGCUUCUGUCCUUCUAAAACGUUACUUUUUCAAAAAGGAACAAAAAGUAGAUUAUUCUUUGGAGCAACUCGUUUCUGCUUGCGUAUAUCUCGCCUGCAAAGUUGAAGAAAGCCCUGUUCAUAUUCGGACGAUUUGUAAUGAAGCUAAUGGACUUUGGAAUUUAGCGCUUCCAAUCGAUCGCUCUCUAAUAGCGGAAUUGGAAUUUGACAUUAUUUCUGUUUUGGAAGCAUAUUUAAUUGUUUACCAUCCAUAUCCAACCCUAGAACAGACAUUUAAAGAUGGGUUAAUUACAAAGACCCAGUUGCAAUUAGCAUGGAAUAUUGUGAACGAUUCCUAUGCUUCUAAUUUAUGUCUUAUGGUUCAUCCUCACCAGAUCGCCUAUGCUGCCUUAAUAUUAAGUUGCUGUGAUGACGAAAACACGAUGAUUCAACUGAUGGAUAUACUGAAAGCAUCUGACUCCUUUAAAAUAAUUUUAGGCAUUCAAGCUUCAUUGUCCUUUUAUUACCGGGAUGAAGGGGACUGA